CUACUUGGUUAUAAUUUGUACUCUCUCUUGUAUUUUUCUUUUAAAUUCAAUUUUUGGAGGAAAAAAAAUGACAAAAUCCCAUGAAAUUGAGCACCCAAUUAAGGCAUUUGGAUGGGCAGCUAGAGACACUUCUGGUGUUCUUUCUCCUUUCAACUUCUCAAGAAGGGCUACUAGUGAGAAUGAUGUACAAUUCAAAGUGUUGUAUUGUGGAAUUUGUCACACAGAUCUUCAUAUGCUCAAGAAUGAAUGGGAUAAUUCCAAGUACCCUAUUGUGCCAGGGCACGAGAUCGUGGGCGUAGUAACCGAGGUCGGUAGCAAGGUAGAAAAGGUAAAGGUGGGGGACAAUGUAGGUGUUGGAGUAAUAGUAGGAUCAUGUCGAAAAUGUGAUAGUUGUACUAGUGACCUCGAACAAUAUUGUUCUAGCAGUAUUAACACGUAUAGUACAACUUACUAUGACGGAACCACCACAUACGGUGGCUACUCCGAUCUCAUGGUGGCCAACGAGCAUUUCGUGCUCCGUUGGCCGGAGAAUUUACCGAUGGAAGCUGCCCCAUUGUUAUGUGCUGGUAUCACAACAUAUAGCCCAUUGAAAUAUUUUGGGCUUGAUAAGCCUGGAUUGAACAUUGGUGUUGUGGGCCUUGGUGGGCUGGGCCAUAUGGCUGUCAAAUUUGCAAAGGCUUUUGGAUGCAAUGUGACUCUUAUUAGUACUUCUAUUAAUAAGAAAGACGAAGCAAUUAAACACCUUGGUGCUAAUUCAUUCUUGAUUAGUCAUGAUCAAGAACAAAUUGAGGGUGCAACAAGCACAUUGGAUGGAAUUAUAGACACAGUUUCAGCUAAACAUCCAAUUGCUCCAUUGCUCAAUAUAUUAAAGCCUCAUGGAAAGCUUGUAAUGGUUGGUUUACCACCAAAGCCACUUGAGUUGCCAGUUUUCCCCUUGCUUGUGGGUAGGAAAAUAAUGGGAGGAAGCAUCAUUGGAGGAAUGAAAGAGACACAAGAAAUGCUUGAUUUUGCAGCAAAACAUAAUAUUACACCUCAAGUUGAAGUUGUUUCAAUGGAUUGUGUGAAUAUCGCCAUGGAACGCCUUUUAAAAUCGGAUGUCAAGUAUCGAUUCGUGCUCGAUAUUGGAAAAACACUGAAAGCUGAUUAAACAUGUGUGAAUGUUGUUUUGAAUAUUAUCGUUAUGAAUUCAAAAUAAAAUAACAAAUUAUGGCCCAAACAUAGAUUUUUGGCCAUUAGAGUUGGUUUCCUAUGUGAAAUUUUCACCCUUUUAAGUCUUUGUUAUUUUGAAUUUCUAAUCUUCAAAUUUGUUUUUGUA